AUGGAGGUAUUUCAGAACUUAUUCCGACAGCUGGGAGGCAGCGGCGAUGCUCAAGUUGAGAAAAAGAGCAGCCUUACGGCGUGCCGAAGGCUCCCUUUUAAGGGCAACCCCGAGUAUUGUCCAUUGGCCAGAAGUGGUCAUCGUAUGUUCUGCGACGGAAACUUCAUGUACAUAAUUGGCGGCUACGAUAAAGGGACCGGCGAUGGGGGCUUCAUUUUCAAAGAGGUGUGGAGCUAUAGUCUAUUUACAAAACGGUGGAAGAGAUUGCCAUGGCCGGAAAAUGGGCCCGGAAACCUGGCUUCACAUGCAGUCGCACAAAUGUCUGAUUGGGGCAACGAGGUGGUGCUGUAUGGCGGAUCGGCGCUACCAUUCGGUGAUACGAAUUCCAACGAGGUGUCUUUGGUCACAGCAGCCAGCCAAACCAACUGCCUUCGCUUUGACAAGAUCACGACACCGAGCAGCGCUCCGGCUCUCUAUGGACAUGCAAUGUGCCGUUCCCAAACUGAGCGAGACGUGUUUUAUGUCGUGGGCGGUACGACGGGGCGCGCCUAUUUUAUGAACGUGUGGAUGGUGCGAAUUGUGGACGGUAAAGGCGAAUGGGAGAUGAUCAGCCCCGGGGACUAUCAACACGAAGGGUUGUACCGAUUAGAAAUCACCCAUGACGAGGUCAGCGAUCGGAUUUUUAUGCUGGGAGGCGGCAACACACAAUGGGUCGACACAUUUGACGAGCUGAACGCCUUUAACUUGAAAACGCGGCAAUUCGAGGUCGUGACAACAAAAACUGAUCAGCGGACAAGGCGCUACCCGAAGGAAAGAAGGGCACAUUCGUUGGUGCGCUACGACCGGAAACUUUUCAUGGCUGGCGGGCUAACACACGAAGAAGUGAAUGAAGGGGACGUCAUACCGGAUGGCACGGUGCUCGGCGACAUUUGGGCGUUCGAUUUGGAUACGCUGACUUGGACAGAGCUGGGCCAUCUUAUCAUCCCCGUUUAUUUCCACGAUGCGGCAGUGACGAAGGACGGCCGGAUGAUAAUCUGGGGUGGUGUGACCAGAGCCUUCACUGAUGAGAGAACGAACCAAGGACAGUAUUUGUAUGUUACACCACCAAGUUUGCGCUCACUGGCGACAACCGCUGUUCUUGAACAGGCUCCAGAGAAAGAGGAUUAUUGUUGGGACGACACACACUCCCUGCUGUCACAAUGUGCCCUGGAGGCUGAAGAG